UCAGGAUGGGAAUGCCGCGACAGAAAAAGGAGAUGUAGAAUCACCGCGAUAGGGUGAGAAGCAUGCAAGAAAGUCAUUUGCGGCUGUGAUUGUAUAUGAUCAUGUCAGACUCUGGAUUGCUUCAAGUGGUAGCAGUCGGGAUUGGGGCAUUUGCUCUGGGUUGCUACUUGGGUCUGACAUGGCGAAGUAGGCAUCCAGAAAAGGGCCUGGCUGUGGAUCUGCGUUCUUCUGGGGGGGCAAUGCCAGAGCUCAGUGCUCUGGACGAUGGGAUGGGUGAGGCUGAGAAUAUCAUUGACUCGAGAGACUUGGCUGCCCUCGACAAUACCGAGACGCUGGCUAUGUUCAAUGGAGAGUUUAAGCUAGUUCUGGUUGUGCGAAUGGACUUGAAGAUGGGAAAAGGCAAGAUCGCUGCUCAGUGCAGUCAUGCCACCCUUGGUAUCUAUAAGAAACUGCAGAGAAAGGCACCAACAGCGUUGAGGAAGUGGGAGUACAGUGGACAGCGAAAAGUGGUUCUAAAAAUAGACACAGAGGAUGACAUGAUGGCGCUGGUAAAGAAGGCCAAGGACGCAGGAGUGCCAACUCAUAUCACGAUUGAUGCAGGUCGCACUCAGAUUGCUCCUGACUCACGGACAGUAAUGGCUGUUGGGCCGGCUCCUGACCACGUACUCGACGAUAUAACUGGACACUUGAAGCUCCUGUGAACUCUUUUUUCAAGAUCCAAGGCUAUAUAUAUAAAAAAAAAAAAAAAUUGAUCCAAGGCUAUUAUACUGUUCUUGACCCUUUUCAAGAUCCAAGUGUAUGCUGUUUUUUUGAUUCCAAGGGUAUCGUUGGGGCUCGCUCCAGUACUCCUUCCCAAAUGUGCAAAAUGAGAAUGAAUCUCCCGCUAGAAA